UAGCUAGCCGGGAAUUCUUGGAGCAUUCGAACAGAAUAUUGUUAUCUGUUGGUCUUUAGCUCUUACUUUAAGUCUUCUUCCACAUCUAAUAGUUUGGAAAACAAUAUGGCAAAUUUAAAACGAGAGCGGUUUCUCGAUGACGAUGACGAGGAAGAGGUGCCAGGAAAAGUGGCACGUUCUCAGGACACCAAGGACAGGAGAAGCCGGCACUGUCCAUAUCUUGACACAAUCAACAGGAGUGUUUUGGACUUUGACUUUGAGAAACUGUGCUCAAUAUCUCUUUCCCAUAUUAAUGUCUAUGCCUGUCUCAUCUGUGGGAAGUAUUUUCAAGGGAGAGGCCUAAAGUCCCAUGCGUACACCCAUAGUGUUCAGUUCGCGCAUCAUGUCUUCCUAAAUCUUCACACACUCAAAUUCUACUGUUUACCAGACAACUAUGAAAUCAUUGAUUCAUCACUUGAGGACAUCACAUAUGUGCUGAAGCCAACGUUCACUAAACAGCACAUCUCCGCUUUGGAUAAGCAUGGAAAGCUGUACAGGGCUUACGACGGCACCACUUACUUACCAGGAAUUGUGGGUCUCAAUAAUAUCAAAGCCAACGAUUAUGCCAAUGUAGUUCUACAGGCUCUGUCCAAUGUGCCACCACUUCGCAACUAUUUCCUGGAGGAGGAGAAUUACCGUAGCAUCCGACGGCCACCAGGCGACAUCAUGUUCCUUCUGGUGCAGCGCUUCGGUGAGCUCAUGCGCAAGCUUUGGAACCCGCGCAACUUCAAAGCCCACGUCUCGCCACACGAGAUGCUGCAGGCCGUGGUGCUGUGCAGCAAGAAGACCUUCCAGAUCACCAAGCAAGGAGAUGCUGUGGACUUUCUUUCUUGGUUUCUAAACGCACUGCAUGGAGCCCUGGGUGGGACUAAGAAGAAAACAUCUAUUGUGACAAAAGCAUUCCAAGGGACAAUGCGUAUCUUCUCAAAAAAACUUCCCCACCCAGACUUGCCUGCAGAAGAGAAAGAGGCCCUGCUGCAGACAGAGGAGUACCAGGAGCAGAUGCUGGAGUCCACCUUCCUGUACCUCACGCUCGACCUCCCUACUGCACCCCUCUACAAGGAUGAGAAGGAACAGCUGAUAAUUCCUCAGGUCCCUCUCUUCAACAUUCUGGCAAAGUUCAAUGGCAUCACAGAGAAGGAGUACAAAACCUAUAAAGAAAACUUCCUCAAACGAUUCCAGUUGACCAAACUUCCUCCGUACCUUAUCUUCUGCAUCAAGAGGUUCACUAAGAAUAACUUCUUCGUAGAAAAGAACCCUACUAUUGUCAACUUCCCUAUAACGAAUGUUGACCUGCGUGAGUACCUCACAGAAGAGGCCCAGAGCACUGAGAAGAACACCACCUAUGACUUGGUGGCCAAUGUGGUGCAUGAUGGAAAGCCAUCAGAGGGUGCAUACAGAAUUCAUGUCCUGCAUCACGGCACAGGAAAGUGGUACGAACUUCAGGACCUGCAGGUGACCGAUAUCCUGCCACAAAUGAUCACACUGUCAGAAGCUUACAUACAGAUAUGGAAGAGACAGGAAGCUGAAGGAGAUGGAGACAGCCACACAGGGGCAUGAUGGGUGCUGAGGUUCAGCAGAUGUCCAGACUAUGAGCAGAAACUCAAGUUGACCUCACUCACUUCAUCUGCACCAGAGGCCACUUAUGCUUUUGUUUGUUUUAACUUCAGAUGACCUGUAAAUGUUAACUCUGUCACGCCAGUUUGUCCCAAAACCUACACUGAAUUUGUAUUUCUGCAUAAAUGCCAAUUUCUUAUUAAAUAAUAUAGGAAUAUAUGUGAUGUGUCACUGUAUUUCUGCUACAGGUGUGAUGCUGUAAUUGAAACAAAAUGGUUAAUCAGCUGCUUGGCGGUACAUCUAGGUCAACCACUGAUGCUUCUUAUUGCAAGCUAU